UAACAGAACAUCAAGGAGACCACAACAACCAAAAUGUCUACUUCGGGCCUACUCUAUGCAGCCUCAAGGCUCAAUUCUCCCUCGCCGAUAUCAUCAGAUGUCUUUAACACCUGGUAUAAUGACAUCCAUGUGCGUGAUGUUCUCAAGACCUCGGGAAUCAACUCCGCAGCCCGCUAUGAAACGGCUGCAGUGCCCCAAGACAGUUCCCCAUGGACAUUCCUUGCUCUCUACCCCGUCCCAGACCUCGAGUUUCUGAAGACAGAGGAGUUUGCGAGCAUCCCUGUGACUAGUGAUGUUCUGCCGGGGCCGACACACAGUUGUAUGGAUAUAGCGCAUUUCGAUAUCAGGCGAUACCGCGAGGUCGGGAUACGAGAAGACUCAGAUAUGCCAUCAGGUCCGAUGUCUCAUCUCCUUACUGUGGAGUUUGACUUGCCUUCACACAUUGACAAAGCCGAUGACCAGGCUGUAAUGGAUUGGUUCUGUGGAAUAUAUAGUAAUGGCGUGCCUCAGCGGGUGGUCAUUCAUGAGGUCUUCCAGGCUAUGUUAUACCCGAACGGGAAACCAGCAGAGCCGCCGCGUUACUUGGCUUUGUUCGAACUUAAUGGGGAUGACAAUGUUUACGACGAAGCUAUCAAGAAGAUCCAAUUGGUCGCGAAUGUUGGCCAGUGGAAAGUGCACAAGGUCUUUGACUGAGUAUGAUUCACUUGCUGAAGACUCCACUCAGAGGGUGAUAUAUCCGUAUAUCUUCUUAAUGAACGUACUAUGGCCGUAUCGUUCUUGGAAUAUCUUGCGUUCUAUACCAGGAUAGCUCGUCAUGUUCUUGAGUAGAUAAAGAUUUUCUAUAUUCGUAGAUAUCACAG